GCGCGCGCGCGAUCGUGUGUAGGGCGGUGAGGGGAAAGCCCUCGCCCCUCGUAGCCAGCAGUGGCCCGACGUCUCGUGGUCGAGUUUGUGUUGUGCGCGUGAGAGGAAAAUUCUCGGUCGCGUUCGUUGAUGAAACUGCUGCGCACCUGUCCGGCUUGGAAUUCCUCUGUGCGCGCGACAUACACACCGAGGGGGCCACGAACGUAGCUGGGUGAGAAAAUGUCGGCCGUGGCGAACCGCUGCCGAUUGGAAAGUCGCAAUGCCGAAAGCCGUACGAGUGUUGCUGUGAGAGCCGCCGGUUUAUGACGAACUCCUCGUGACGCGAGUGUUUAACAGGGCCAAGCGAGCUUUUGCCAAGGGUCACUAACAAACCUUCCGUCCUUGCAUAUUCCGUGCAUAAACGCAAACGUUCUACGCUCCGACGAUUUGUAAUAUAUUUCCAUCAUGUUUGCUAAGAAGAAGAAGAAACCACAAAUCUCAACCCCAACAAAUUUUGAGCACAGAGUUCACACCGGCUUCGAUAAGCGAGAAGGGAAGUUUGUUGGAUUGCCAUUACAAUGGGCUUCUAUAGUUGGGAAUAAUCAGAUUCUAAAAUCAACCAAUAGACCUCUUCCAUUAGUUGAUCCGAGCGAGAUAACACCUACGGAAAUUUUAGACUUAAAAACUAUAGUACGUGGUCACAAUGAUCCAAGAAUAGGCAAGUCAUCUAUGGGAGAGAAAGCAGCUGAAAAUAAUCUACCAAAAAUGAGUAGCGUUGCAAGGUCUAAUUCGUUGAGAUCUUCGAGUCCGCCGAGGCUCAGAAGGGAUUACAGGAAUAAUGCAAACUUGCCUCCAUCAGUCCCAGAAGGUCAAGAAAUGAUGAAUAAUCCUACGCCAACGCAAAUGUACCCGACUUACAAUAAACCUCAUAGUUAUGCCGAUAAAAUGAGACAAAACUCACCUAACGUUGGACCAGGAACAAAUUCAGGUCAUAAUAUGAUACCAAAUCUUCAGAAUCUUAAUCCUAAUAUGCAAUCUUCGCCAAACCUCUCCCACAUAAGUACAAACGCGCAGAACUUAUCAAUGAAUUUCCAAAAUUUGAGUCCAAUUCCAAGUAUGCAGAAUACACCCGUCAAUUCAAGCAUUCCUCAGUCACAGGAGUACGAUUUUCAAAGAAUAAAUCCAUCCAUGACGGUACCACAGACUGCACAGUACAAUGGAAACAUACAAUUGUCUAAACUCGAUGCAUCGAAAGAGCGUUCGCUUCCGCAAAAUAUAUUAUUGCAUAAUGCACAACCUAAAAUAUCACCUGUUGGCUCAAUAGCUUCUCAACGUCCUUUGAGUCAACUCAGUUCACACAACGUUACCAAACAUACGCAAAACUAUGUAACAGGAGAGAAUCAGAACUUCCACACACACUUUCAAAAGCCCAUCGAAAGUUCACAAUCAAUGCACAAUCUUUCGAAAGCUGGUAUUUUAUCAACAAUGCCAGGAAUCAGUUCGACUCCGGAUCAGAAUCAAAAUAUGAAGAGUGCUAUGUCAUCUGGUAAUUUAGCUGUAGGUCCUGGCGCAACAGCGAAUAAUUCUGGAAAACAAAGUACGGAGCAGAGACUCACUCACGAGCAAUUUAGAGCAGCGUUACAGAUGGUGGUGAGCAAUGGAGACCCUCGCGAGAAUCUUGAAAAUUUCCUUAAGAUUGGCGAGGGCAGUACCGGUACUGUAUGCAUCGCCACUGACAAAAAUACCAGUCGACAAGUUGCAGUGAAAAAGAUGGAUCUUCGAAAACAACAGCGUCGUGAAUUGCUUUUCAACGAAGUGGUGAUAAUGAGGGACUACCAUCAUCCGAAUAUCGUGGAAAUGUAUGACAGCUUCCUAGUGAACGACGAGCUCUGGGUGGUGAUGGAAUAUUUGGAAGGCGGAGCUCUCACUGAUAUUGUCACGCAUUCACGAAUGGACGAAAGUCAAAUAGCGACAGUAUGCCUUCAGUGCCUUAAGCCUCUGCAGUAUUUGCAUUCGCAGGGUGUUAUACAUAGAGACAUUAAGUCGGACUCAAUUUUAUUAACUGCGGAUGGCCGGGUUAAGCUGUCAGACUUUGGAUUUUGCGCACAGGUUUCGCAGGAGUUACCCAAAAGAAAAUCACUGGUUGGCACGCCAUAUUGGAUGAGUCCAGAAGUUAUUUCCAGGUUACCAUAUGGACCGGAAGUGGAUAUUUGGUCUUUAGGUAUUAUGAUUAUAGAAAUGGUAGAUGGAGAACCACCGUUUUUCAACGAACCACCUCUACAAGCUAUGAGACGCAUUAGAGAUAUGCCACCACCAAAAUUAAAAAAUUCACAUAAGGUGAGUCCAAGACUGCAAAAAUUCCUUGAGAAGAUGUUGGUACGAGAUCCAGCUCAUCGAGCCACCGCAGCCCAAUUACUGGAGGAUCCAUUUCUUAUGCAGGCUCAAAGUCCGAGCAUCUUAAUUCCACUUAUGAGGGGCUCUAGGCAUACAAAUUGUUAACUCAAAUAGAGCUAGUUUAUUUAAUUCAUAGAAGAAAAAAAGAAGAGAAAGAAGAAGCAUUAUCAUCACGGUCCAGCAUUGGAAUUGAUUGCAUCAAGAUGAACAUAAAAAGUAAAUUUCUAGAAUAUAUAUUGACAUAUAUAUUCAAUUUGUUACUUGUAGCCAAGCAUUCCUGUUCACUAUAAGUGUAAAAUGUUUUAAGCCUUUAACGUUAAUUCACUGAAAGCAUGCACUAAGUAUUAUAAAAUACAUCGAGUUUACGAGGUUUCAUUAAAGUUGUAACAGCUAAAUAAAAACCUAUUUCCAAGUGCCUUGAUGAAGUAGGAUUCCUUGUUGAGGUAUAUAUAUGUAUGUAUGUAUGUAUGUUGUAUGUAUGUAUGUAUGUAUGCAU